UCCGAACCCCAAAAAAAAAAAAAAAAAAAAAAAAAAAAUCUAAUCCGCCAUUAAAUAUAUUUUCAAGCUUUUCAAAGCCUUUUUCUUGUCCUUCAAACUUCCACACAAAUGAGUCCUACUACACAAUUCCAUGCAAAGAGGAACGUUACCGCCGGCGGAGCCACCGCCGCGGCGGCAAUGGCGGCCAACGGCUUGUGUCCUCCUCCAUUGAAGAUCAAUAAGGAUUCGCAUUUCAUCAAGAAAUCAUCGCCGUCUUCUUCUUCUUCUUCAUCAAAUUCAUCGUCCACGUUGGCGGCGGCUGCGGCGGCGGUGGCAGCUACGUCGGUGACUACGAAGCCGCCACCUCAGCAGCAGCAGCGUCAUCCGGUCAUUAUCUACACGCAUUCUCCGAAAAUCAUCCACACGCAUCCUCGCGACUUCAUGGCUCUGGUUCAGAAGCUCACCGGACUUUCGAGAUCCGAAGGCGAUGAUGCGGCACCGGCGGAGGUAGCUCCAUCGAAGCCGAGCUCGUCGGAGGAAGAUGAGAACAAGAGCGGGAGAAAAAUCGAGGAUAACGAAUCGUCAUCGGUGAUUACCGAUGAGAAUUGCAGUACCAGUACGAGUACCGGAGGAGAUGCCGCCGGUGGGGGAGGCGGUGGUCACCAGGUGAAUUCUUCGUGCUUCGUUCAUCCUACGACGGCGGUGAACAAUCCGUACAUGGCGAAUAAUAUUCCGGUAUUUACGCAGAAUUAUUCGGCGGAUCAUCAUCAUCAUCAUCACCAUUUUUUGAAUCAACCAUUCUAUAACUACAAUACUGGUACGGAUUCGUUGUUUUUCUCAGGUCCUAAUAUUGCAGCUUCGGUUUCAUCUUCUUCCACUUUCCAAGGAUUCAAUGAAUUCCCUACAGCUGACUACUAACACCAUUAUUACUAUUAUUAUUCAGAUUCAGAUUCAGAAUUUUCAUUUUUUUUUUUUUGAAAUUUGAAUUUUGGAGAAAAGCAAAUAUUCUUUCCUUUAAUAGAUUAAUUUGUUAAUUUAAAUUCUUGGUGCAAAUAAAAGGUUCUAAUUUUCUGGGGUAGAAUCUUUUUUUUUUUUUUUUUAUUAAUCAAAAGUAUUGUUAUAGAUAGAUUUAGAUAUUGUAGGAACAAAUAUUUGUUAA